GGGCAUCAGGCGGCGGCUGAUUAGCUCAGGUUUACAUCACCCGGGCUGGAGUUGAAGCCCGGCUCCCUGCGCUCCCGAGACACUCGCGGCGGAAGCGGCAGCGACUCGGCACACAUUCCGGCUGCUGGGGACCCGGGCCAGAGCCCCAUCCGGAGCCGACCUCAGCCGGGGCCGAGCGGCCUGGGCCAUCGUGGGUGCCUGGCGACUCUUGAGCUUGGCCGGCACCAGGACCCCGCCGCUGGCGAGGGCAAGAUGCGAGCCACCCCUCUGGCUGUUUCCACUGGAGCCCCUUCCAGGAAGAAGCGGUUAGAGUUGGAUGAUGACCUAGACCCUGAGUGUCCCACCCGGAAACAAGCUCGAAGUGAGCCCCAGCCCAGGCCGACCCCCUGUCCACUGCCUCUGAGCCCACCUCCUGCUCCAACCCACACCCCUGCUGUGACCGCCACCUCCAGGCUUGGACCCUAUGUGCUCCUAGAGCCCGAGGAAGGCAGCCAGACCUACCGGGCCCUGCACUGCCCCACAGGCACCGAGUACAUCUGCAAGGUAUACCCGGCCUGCGAGGCCCUGGCGGUGCUGGAGCCCUACUCGCGACUGCCCCGCCACCCGCACGUGGCCCGGCCGUCGGAGGUCCUGGCGGGCACGCGGCAGCUCUACGCCUUCUUCCCGCGGCCACAUGGGGACAUGCACAGCCUGGUGCGCCUCCGGCGUCGCCUGCCCGAGCCGGAGGCCGCCGCGCUCUUCCGCCAGAUGGCCUCCGCCCUGGCGCACUGCCACCAGCACGGGCUCGUCCUGCGGGACCUCAAGCUGCGGCGCUUCGUCUUUAGCGACCGGGACAGGACAAAGCUAGUGCUGGAGAACCUGGAUGACGCCUGUGUGCUGACAGGGCCUGACGACUCCCUGUGGGACAAGCACGCAUGCCCUGCCUACGUGGGCCCCGAGAUCCUCAGUUCCCGGGCAUCCUACUCAGGCAAGGCGGCGGACGUCUGGAGCCUGGGUGUGGCGCUCUUCACCAUGCUGGCUGGCCACUACCCCUUCCAGGACUCAGAGCCUGUCCUGCUCUUUGGCAAGAUCCGCCGUGGGGCCUUCGCCCUGCCUGAGGGCCUCUCAGCUCCUGCCCGCUGCCUGGUCCGCUGCCUCCUCCGUCGGGAGCCCGCUGAACGGCUCACGGCCCCGGGCAUCCUGCUGCACCCUUGGCUGCGGCAGAAUGCGGUCCCCACGGCUCCCUCAAGCUCUCGCCUCCGGGAGGCUGACCAGGUGGUCCCCGAAGGGCCGGGACUGGAGGAGGCGGAGGAGGCGGAAGAGGCAGAAAGAGAUGUGGGUCUCUAUGGCUAACUAACGCACAGACUCUCAGCCGCACACGGCGGGUUGGGUUUGGGGUAUCUCCAUGCUCUCUCCUGCCUCUUUGAACUGAGCUGAACCUUAAGUGCCUUCUGGGAGGGAGAGAAAGGAGGUGUGCACGGAGCGUGCCAGAUGCACAACCCAUGGUUCUGCAUGCCUGUGCCCAUGAACUCGUGCCUCACUGGGUCCUCUUUGGGUGCUCACUGUGCCAAGCCCUGAUCUGGGUGCUGAAAACACAGAGAACGACAGAGACAGAACUCUUGCCUGCAGAGUGGACAACACUUUCCAUGUCCAGGGGUCAGUGUCUAUACACUGUGGGUGGCUCCCUCAGUGCAGGUGUCAGCAUCCACUCGUGCUGGUGCCCAGGUACCUCUGACCUGGGACAGUCCCUUUCACAAACAACCCAGCUGCCUUUGUAUCUCGCACCUCCUUAGAGAAAGGGAAGCAUCACUGUGCCAAAGGCUCCAGGCCUCUCUCCCAUAACUCAGGACCCUAGAGCUCAGACUAUGCUAGGAAUUGUGCUCCCAGCAGCUCUGUCCUCUUGGUCAAGGGAUUCUCCAUCCAGACCUGAGCCAAGAGUUUAGGCUGGAAGGUCAAGAGUAUAAACUGCGAGGCUGAACCUCAUCUAACUUAAAGAAUGGUUUGGAAUGAGGGGUCAAGCCUGUUCAUGUCAGUGGCCCCUGACCUGAGCACCAGAGUUGGGGAGCAGGAUUAGGCAAGGUCUUGGAAGUCCCAAGCUCUGCUCUGGGGACGCUUGGGGUCCAGGAUCCUAAAUCAACGCUAUGGGAUUUGAGAUGUCAUGAAUACGUAUUGUUACCAUGUGCCUGAUAGAGGAAUUAUGAAAUACUGUCAUUUCUCCUGGAUAUUUCACCCAUCUUCUCCUCCCCCACCACUUAUGAGUUUUCUCUGCCUCCAAAACCAGCCCCAGGGUAUAAGCUGGAGGCCUGGUGUCUCAACUUCACCUGAGUGGUUCAUGAGAACAGAAGAGCCAGUGUGCCUUCCCUCAUUCCCUCUGUUCCUUCUGGGUGUCUUAGUGUCUCAGGGGACUUUUUGGCUGCAAGUAACUGAUAUCCUAAGUCGAAGUGGCUUAAAAAAGAAGAAAAGGGGAGUUCCUAUUGUGGCUCAGUCGUAACGAA